CGAAUUUCUGACGUUGGAGUCCAUCUUCUAUAGCUCUCUACCUGCACAACAUAUUCCUUAUAGAGAAACUUCCAGUAAUUCAUAGGCUGCUUUUUGUCACUCUCUCACUUUAUCUUUCGUAUAUGAUGGCCCAUGUGCCCAAUUAAUGGGUGUCCUCAAUUGACUAAAUUCUUCAUUGCUCUAACAAACACACUGUCAUUCUAUUAUUCUUUUCAGAUUCAACAAAAACCAUCUAUACCAUGCUUAGACUUUCCUCAUAGGACAGCCCAGAAUUCCAAUCCCACCAACCUCGUUCAAACCCUUCCUUAGUUACUGCAACUGUGUGGAUCCAAAUGCUUUGAAGCUUGCACCUGACAUGGCAGAUCCUCUGAUAUUGUUCUGUGCUCUUCUUCUGCUCUCAAUACCAGUUUCAUCUCAGGUCAGUGAGCUCUUCUAUCCUGGUUUUAAACAUGUGGGCACCAACCUAACCUUGGCAGGAAUAGCAGAAUUUGAAAACGAUCUUGGCAUUCUCAAAUUGACCAAUGACACCAGUAGAUUAAUGGGUAGUGCCUUUUACACUUCCCCAAUUCGAUUCAAAAACUCCACAAAUGGCAAGGCCUUCUCUUUCUCCACCUCAUUUGCUUUCACUAUAGUUCCUGAGUAUCCAAAGCUCGGCGGCCAUGGCUUUGCUUUCACAAUCGCCCCAUCGAAGGAUCUCAAUUCUCUGCCUAGUCAAUAUCUAGGUCUCUUCAAUGGCAGUGAUAUUGGCAACUCGUCCACACACAUCUUUGCAAUCGAAUUCGACACAGUUCAAGACUUGGAAUUUGGAGAUAUUAAUGACAAUCAUGUAGGGAUCGACCUCAACAGCUUGAAAUCAAACGCCUCAGCUGAAGCUGCAUAUCACACAGAUGCUACAACCAAACAAAACUUCAACCUCAAGAGUGGGAAAGCAAUCCAAGCCUGGAUAGACUAUGAUUCAGCUCAAAAUGUAAUCAAUGUCACAAUCUCACCACUCUCUUCCAAACCCAAAACCCCACUAAUUUCUUUCCAUGUAGAUCUCUCCCCGAUUUUCGAAGAGUUCAUGUAUGUUGGGUUCUCAGCUUCAACAGGUCUGCUUGCCAGCUCCCACUACAUUCUGGGCUGGAGCUUCAAGAUUGAUGGACAGUCCCAACCCCUUCAUCUGGCCUCUCUUCCUAAAAUUCCAAUACCCAGAAAAGAUCACACAGCUCUGAAAAUCGGAGUCUCAGUCGCAGCCAUUGCUCUCACUCUAUCUGUAAUCUCCAUAUCCAUCUACUUAUUCAUCAGGAAGCUGAAGAACGCCGAGCCAAUCGAGUCAUGGGAGCUCGAGCUCGGCCCACACAGAUACUCCUACCAAGAACUGAAAAAAGCCACAAAAGGGUUCAGAGGAAAAGAGCUCCUCGGCGAAGGCGGGUUCGGCCAAGUGUUCAAAGGAACACUCCCCAAUUCCAGAACACUAGUAGCCGUCAAGCGAAUCUCGAACGAUUCGAAACAGGGCCUAAGGGAAUUCGUAGCGGAAAUCGCAAGCAUAGGUAGGCUCCGGCAUAGAAAUCUAGUCCAAUUACUGGGAUGGUGUCGCCGGAGAGGCGACCUAAUGCUUGUCUAUGAUUACAUGCAAAAUGGAAGCUUGGAUGCUUAUUUGUUUGAUGAACCGAAAUGGGUGUUGAGUUGGGAACAGAGGUUUGGGAUUAUAAAGGGGAUUGCUUCUGCGCUUCAUUAUCUACACGAAGGGUUUGAGCAGGUUGUGGUUCACAGAGAUGUCAAGGCCAGCAAUGUGUUGCUGGAUAGUGAAAUGAAUGGGAGGCUCGGGGAUUUUGGGUUGGCGAGGCUGCAUGAACACGGGUCGAACUCGAACACGACUCGGGUCGUGGGUACGCUCGGAUAUUUGGCUCCGGAGAUGCCGAGAACCGGGAAGGCGAGUACGGGUUCGGAUGUGUAUGCGUUUGGCGCGCUUUUGCUGGAGGUGGUAUGCGGGCGGAGGCCCAUUGAGCCCAACGCGAAGCCCGGGGAGUUGGUUUUGGUAGACUGGGUUUGGAACAGGUAUAAAGAGGGGAAGGUACUUGAGGUGGUGGAUCCCAGGCUUGAUGGGGUUUAUGAUGAGCGGGAGGUGGUUAUGGUGGUGAAGUUGGGGUUGAUGUGUUCGGCCCAUGGGCCGAGGGCCAGGCCCAAUAUGAGGCUGGUGGUGAGGUAUUUGGACGGGGAGGUUGAGAUUCCGGAGGAGGUGAGACCGCCGAGUGGGUCCCAUGUGGCCGGGUUUGAUGACUUUGUGAGCUCGUUUGCGUCGUCUUCUUCGUUUGAAUGGUUUGAUAGGAUGAGCUGCUACUCUAAUAAAGAGAUGGAUGCUAGUUUUGCUUCUCUUUCUACUUCUCCUCUCUAUCUUCUUCAUGGGCAAACCAGAUAGAAUUCAGAUUUUUUUCUUUCUAUAUUAUCCGUUUUUGUGUUUUUGGUUUCUUUUAUGAGGUUUUGUUGAUGAAAUACUGUUUGAAAUCACUGGAGUGAAAGUUUACAUGCAAAUAUUUGUACCCAAGUUCCUAAGGAACAUAAGUAUAGAGUUUGGUUUCAACAAUUAAUUACGUCUUCCAUCCUUUAAACCCUUGAGAAACAAUAAUGAAGUUUUUAGUAGAUGGUAAAUAAGCGCUUA